ACAAAAAAAAAAUAUAAACGGAGGAACUAGGCAGUGGGACCGGAGAUCCACCGACCGGAAACGAAGAAUCCAUAGUAAGAUAGAGCCCAGGGGUUCGGUCGUAUCGGACCGGUCGGAUUUGGAUUCUAACGACAAGUGAGUGGACCCCCAGAAACGACAGACGUAAGCAAUGACAACAUCAAACUCAUCGCCACGUCAGCAACGGAGUUCUACUUGCGAAACGUGUCCCGGCAGCGUCAUCCACCCACGUGUGUUCUAGAAGCUCUUCUCCUCCUCCGUAUCUCGACACGUGUCCACUCCCUCUCCUUAUAUAAUUGACUUUUCUCUCAUUCUUUCCAAGUUUCAAAAACGCCAAGUUUCAGAGGUAGAGAGAGAGAUACUACAAUUGAUUAGGAUAGGAUCAGGAUCAUCCUCAACAACCUCCUCCUAAUUCCUCCUCCAUUCAUAGUAACAAUAAUAUUAAGAAAGAGGGUAAACUAUGUCAGAAUUAUUACAGUUGCCUCCAGGUUUCCGAUUUCACCCUACCGAUGAAGAGCUUGUCAUGCACUAUCUCUGCCGCAAAUGUGCCUCUCAGUCCAUCGCCGUUCCGAUCAUCGCUGAGAUCGAUCUCUACAAAUACGAUCCAUGGGAGCUUCCUGGUUUAGCCUUGUAUGGUGAGAAGGAAUGGUACUUCUUCUCUCCCAGGGACAGAAAAUAUCCCAACGGUUCGCGUCCUAACCGGUCCGCUGGUUCUGGUUACUGGAAAGCUACCGGAGCUGAUAAACCGAUCGGACUACCUAAACCGGUCGGAAUUAAGAAAGCUCUUGUUUUCUACGCCGGCAAAGCUCCAAAGGGAGAGAAAACCAAUUGGAUCAUGCACGAGUACCGUCUCGCCGACGUUGACCGGUCCGUUCGCAAGAAGAAGAAUAGUCUCAGGCUGGAUGAUUGGGUUCUCUGCCGGAUUUACAACAAAAAAGGAGCUACCGAGAGGCGGGGACCACCGCCUCCGGUUGUUUACGGCGACGAAAUCAUGGAGGAGAAGCCGAAGGUGACGGAGAUGGUUAUGCCUCCGCCGCCGCAACAGACAAGUGAGUUCGCGUAUUUCGACACGUCGGAUUCGGUGCCGAAGCUGCAUACUACGGAUUCGAGUUGCUCGGAGCAGGUGGUGUCGCCGGAGUUCACGAGCGAGGUUCAGAGCGAGCCCAAGUGGAAAGAUUGGUCGGCCGUAAGUAAUGACAAUAACAAUACCCUUGAUUUUGGGUUUAAUUACAUUGAUGCCACCGUGGAUAACGCGUUUGGAGGAGGAGGGAGUAGUAAUCAGAUGUUUCCGCUACAGGAUAUGUUCAUGUACAUGCAGAAGCCUUACUAGAAGGGAAUUCCUUUCCUGCCGCCGAAACGCAACGCAAAACGACCCUCGUUUUUGCGUUUAUGGCAACACGAGACCGUUUUAUAUGGUCAAUGAGUGUGCCGAUUCGGCCAUUAGAUUUCUGUUCAGUCUUCGUUUAUUCUAUAGACCGUCCGAUUUCAGAUCAUCCCUAAUCGGACGGUGGUCGUUGGAUGUAUCAGUAGUGUAUUACUGUGUUAGGUAGAAGAAAAUCCACUUGUUCUUAAAUUGGCAUAAAAGUCAGAAGCUAAUAUUUAUAUGUGCCGCAAUCAAUUUAAUAUUUUCUGUCU